UGAUCGUUCACCGAUCCCUUCCAACCCACCACCACCUCAUAGAAUGCCAACAUCAACCAUCAUUCCGUCCAUCGGGGUGAGCUGAUCUCUGGUCAAAUCAUGGCCGCAGAUAUGAGGUCGCCAAACGUAUCCGUAACUCCAAUCAACAUGGAGCCCUAUCCACCCCCCGUUCUUACCAACGGGGAUCAUCACCCGCCAAGCGAGCCACCCCAACGAACAAGAAGCGCACCACACCCCGCAGCUUUAACUUCCAAUGGUACCGUUGAUGCUUUAGAUAGUUUCGAUGCGGAGGUAGCUAGAAUAGAUUUUCAUUCGAUAAAUAUGAGGUCUAAGAAAAAGCGAGACGAUAUUCCUAGGCCUAUGAGUUGGGAAGGGGAACUCUCAGACGGCGAGAGAGAUGGUAUGUGUAUCGACGAGGAAAACUCAACACAGAUACCAGAAAAUCUUUCACUCUCCCAAACCAAACCUCCAUCCUUGAGUGACAGUAAAGAUAGUCCAAUUCUUCGACUGAAACAGCCACCGAUGGGCACUUAUUCUUUACACAGCACACCAAGCAAUUCACCUUUACUUAGCCAGCGACAUCAUGUCACAGGGGUUCCAAUUAUAAGCCAUAAGGAUCUCAUGCACAAGGCUUUGAACGUUCCUCCAACUCCAAGUCCGGAUUCUGCAAUACAUUCUGCAUACAGCGUAUUCAGUUCUCCAAAUCAGAGUCCUCUGACACAAAGACAUAUCACUCUGACUCCAAACUUGAGUAGGAACAAUAGUGAUGCAUCCCAUUCAAGUUGCUGCAGUUACAGUAGUGUAUCAGUUUCAGUUUCACCCACGCAACAGUUUUCCCCUACUCAUAGCCCUAUACAGGGUAGGCAUAUGCACAGUAUCCACAAUAGCCCUCUUCAUCAUCAUAACCUACUGUAUCGAAGUCUACAAGAUGAGAAUACGCAAUACACUGUUGAACAAGAAUCUCUUGAGGAAACUGAAGAUAAAACCGGACUCAUUCACACAUCACUGCCAGCUCAACCUGGUAUAUCAAGGCAGCAGCUCAUAAACAGCCCAUGUCCCAUUUGCGGAGACAAAAUAUCCGGGUUUCACUACGGCAUUUUCAGUUGCGAAUCGUGCAAAGGUUUUUUCAAAAGGACUGUUCAAAAUAGAAAAAAUUAUGUUUGUCUCAGAGGAGCCCAGUGUCCUGUUACUGUUGCAACAAGAAAAAAGUGCCCAGCUUGUCGGUUCGAAAAAUGUCUUCAAUGUGGGAUGAAACUGGAAGCAAUUCGUGAAGAUAGAACUAGAGGAGGAAGGUCAACAUAUCAAUGUUCAUAUUCUUUGCCACCAUCUUUAACCAACCAUGCAGAACUCAGGGCGAGUACGACUGACUUGAGACAAGGAAUGGGUGAAAGCCAUUCAGGGCUUACCGUGAAAUUAGAACCUCCAGAUUCCAGUCUCUCACAUCAAAAAAGAACUACAUAUCCAGGUUCCCAAGGUGUCCCACCAUUAUUGCAGGAAAUAAUGGAUGUGGAGCACCUAUGGCACUACAAUGAAACGGAACUAAACAAGCUGAGUACCGAAGGGCAUCUGGGGAAAGAAGGAUCUAGCGGGGCAGUACAUAAUCUUUCUACCCAUCCACUAUUGGCCGGGACAGCAUUGGCUGGUUCAACAGAUACGAAUCCAGAUUUCGUUGCGAAUCUCUGCAAUAUUGCUGACCACAGACUUUACAAGAUUGUAAAGUGGUGUAAGAGUCUUCCAUUAUUCAAAAAUAUUUCGAUUGAUGACCAAAUUUGUUUGCUUAUCAACUCCUGGUGUGAGCUCCUUCUAUUUUCAUGCUGCUUUCGAUCAAUGUCUACUCCAGGCGAGAUAAGAGUAUCUCUUGGAAAAAGCAUAACUCUUGCACAAGCUAGGGAAAUGGGCAUGCAGCCUUGUAUAGAGAGAAUGUUGAAUUUUACAGAGCAACUUAGAAGACUGAGGGUUGAUCAGUAUGAAUAUAUAGCAAUGAAAGUUAUUCUUCUCCUUACUUCUGGUAAGUGUAUUUACUUCUAUUCAAAACAAAAUGUUAGUGACCUUUUAUUCCAUUUGGGCCCUACCUUUCCAGCUUGGUUCAACAUUCCCCUCAUUAUUAAGUUGAAGGUGGGAAAAGAAAUGUUAACCAUCAAAUCGAAAGAUGGCGAAGGACCUAGUUUCAACCUCCUAAUGGAACUCCUUAGAGGAGACCACUGA